CGGGGUCGCACUCAGAACCAAUGAGAGCUUGGGGGGUGGAGGGCAGGGAAGCUUCCAGAGGAACACGCAAGAAGAAAUUCUAAAAAGCCACCUGCGAACUUUUGAGAGACAGCCAUGCAAUCCAAACGAGAGUGCGAGCAAUGGUGUGAGAGGGUGAAUCCAGAGAACAAGGCAGCCCUGGAGGCGUGGGUCAGGGAGACUGGCAUCCGCCUGGUGCAGGUGAACGGGCAGAGGAAGUAUGGCGGCCCCCCCCCAGGCUGGGUGGGCAGCCCGCCGCCAUCCGGGUCGGAGGUGUUUAUCGGACGGCUGCCGCAGGACGUGUAUGAGCACCAGCUGAUCCCACUCUUCCAGCGCGUGGGCCGCCUCUACGAGUUCCGCCUGAUGAUGACUUUCAGCGGCCUGAACCGCGGCUUUGCCUAUGCACGCUACAGCUCGCGGCGCGGUGCGCAGGCUGCCAUCGCCAUGCUGCACAACCACCCACUGCGGCCCUCUUGCCAGCUGCUGGUUUGCCGCAGCACGGAGAAGUGCGAGCUGACCGUGGACGGCCUGCCGCCCACGGUGAACCGCCACACACUGCUGCUUGCGCUGCAUCCCGUGGGCCCUGGUCUGCAGGAGGCGCUGCUGCUUCCCAGCCCCGGGUCGGCCCCCGCACAAAUGGCGGUGCUCAAAUUCAGCUCGCACCGCGCCGCUGCCAUGGCCAAAAAGGCCCUGGUGGAAGGCCAGUCACGACUCUAUGGAGAGCAGGUAGCUGUGGAGUGGCUCAAGCCAGACCUGAAGCAGCGACUCCGCCAGCAUCUUACCAAUCCCUCACUGCGGUGCCUAUGGCCAGACAGCAGCCAACUGCCCCUGACCAGGGACAAGCUAGGGUCCCAAGGGGCUAGGGCUGCUCUGCAGCUGCUGUGUCAACGAAUGAAGCUGGGAAGCCCAGUGUUUCUCACCAAGUGUUUGGGCGUAGGACCUGCUGGCUGGCACCGCUUCUGGUACCAAGUGGUGAUCCCUGGGCAUCCAGUACCUUUCAGUGGGCUCAUCUGGGUUGUGCUAACUUCAGACUGGCAGGACAGGCAUGAGGUGGCCAAGGAUGCUGUGUCUGUACAGCUGCUAGAAAUACUGUGUGAGUCUGGGACCAGUCUCUUGUGGUCUCCUGGGGCUGAAGUAGGUAUGCUUAACCACUGACCUCCCUCCCUGCCCACCUCCUCUCAACAGGCAGCCUUAAAAGGAUAGGUGUCAAACCCUAGCCCAGCAGGCCUGGGCAGCCACUAUGAUCCCAAAGGGGGGAGGGGCAUGAGCCCUGGGACAGCUACCCUGCUGGGUCAGGGCCUGCAGAGUUACACCAAGGGGCUACUCAGGUUUGGCUUAAGCUGUGGGGAGGAACAGUUGCUGUCCCUCACAGAGGGUGUAACUUAACCCUGAGUUUAUCCUUGGCCAUCCCCAGUGUGAUAUAUACAUCCUGCCCUGUCCAUCUUCUCCCCUCCUGCCCCCACACAA